CUUUCUGACUUGAUAAAUUAGCAAGCUGGAUUCUCCAGAUCUGGCAAAACUGGAUCUUGAUAUAUUCUGUGAAAACGUACACAAGCCAGAAUGAAAGACGAUAUGGAUACCCAACAUGAAGAGCCUCAAUAUGAUGUCAUUCCUGAUGGGUAUAACAACCUGGCCUUCGUGAGCGAAGAGGAGCCCAAAGACGGGCCUCAGUCUGAGAACAAGGCUCUGCCCCGGUCCAGAAAGAAGAAGAAAGAAGGUGCAAAGAAAGAGCCCCCUAAGCUGGUUGGAUUUUUCAGUCUGUUUCGCUAUGCGGACGGCUGGGACAUUGUCAUGAUGAUACUGGGCUUGAUCUGUGCUGCAGCCCAUGGUGUUGCCUUGCCUCUGCUGACUGUUGUCUUUGGGCAAAUGACUGACAGCUUUGUCAAGAGUGGCUUACCUCUGAACAUUACAGGGAAUUUCUCUACGAACAUCUCAUAUAGCUUGCAAUGUGACAAACUACCAGGCAUUGAUAUUGAAGCUGAAAUGACAAGGAAUGCAUAUUACUUUGUUGGACUUGGUGCAGCUGUACUGCUUCUUUCAACAAUUCACGUGAUGAUGUUCUUACUGGCUGCUGCAAGACAGACCAGAAGGAUUCGUGACAAAUAUUUCCACGCCGUUCUUCAUCAGGAGAUGGGAUGGUUUGACACGCAUCAGAUUGGAGUGCUAAAUACAAGACUUACAGAUGAUAUCAACACAAUCAAUGAUGGCCUUGGAGACAAAAUCUCUAUAUUUUUGCAAAUGUUCUGCACAUUUAUAACAGGCAUUAUCAUUGGGUUUGUGUAUGGAUGGAAGCUGACUUUGGUCAUCCUAGCAGUCAGUCCACUUUUGGCAGGAUCUGCAGCUGCUUUAUCUAAAAUUUUGGGAACAUUGACAAGCAAAGAGCUAACAGCUUAUGCAAGUGCUGGGGCAGUGGCUGAAGAGAUCCUGGUGUCGAUUAGGACUGUCGUUGCCUUUAAUGGACAGAAGAAAGCUGUAGAAAAGUAUGAAAGAAAUUUACAGAAAGCCAAGGAUUUAGGAGUCAAGAAGGCAAUUACAACCAAUGCCUCCAUGGGGCUCACUCAGUUUAUCAUAUUCGGAUCCUACGCUCUGGCCUUCUGGUAUGGAACAAAACUGUCUGUAGAUGAGCCUGAAAACUACUCCAUCGGGAAAGUCUUAACGGUCUUCUUCUCUGUGAUGAUCGGCGCCUUCUCGCUGGGCCAAGCAGCGCCAAACUUGGAAAGCAUCGCUAAUGCCCGAGGAGCUGCCUAUGAAAUCUACAGCACGAUUGAUUCGCCACAUCCAAUCGACAGCAGCUCAAAGGAAGGCUACAAACCCGGCAGCGUACAAGGCGACAUCGAGUUCAAGAACAUCCACUUCUCCUACCCCUCCAGGAAGGAUGUAAAAAUUCUUCAAGGACUGGACCUGAAAAUUGAGCGAGGGAAGACGAUAGCCCUGGUCGGGGCUAGUGGCUGUGGGAAAAGCACAACCAUUCAGCUCCUGCAGAGGUUUUACGACCCUGACGCGGGAGAGGUCACCCUGGACGGGCGCGACAUCCGCUCGCUCAACGUGAAGUGGCUGCGGGAGAACAUGGGCAUCGUGAGCCAGGAGCCCGUGCUGUUCGCCACCACCAUCGCGGAAAACAUCCGCUACGGCAGGGAGGACGCGACGGACGAGGACAUCGAGCGGGCUGUGAGGGAGGCCAACGCGUAUGACUUCAUCUCGAAGCUCCCCGACAAGCUCAAUACGAUGGUUGGCGAAAGGGGAGCUCAGCUGAGCGGGGGCCAGAAGCAGAGGAUCGCCAUCGCCCGCGCUCUUGUCAAGAACCCCAAAAUCCUGCUCCUGGACGAGGCCACGUCCGCUCUCGACACGCAGAGCGAAAGCGUUGUGCAGACAGCGCUGGACAAGGCAAGAGCCGGUCGCACCACCAUCAUGAUUGCUCACCGCCUGUCCACUAUCAGGACGGCAGAUGUCAUAGCUGGGUUCUCCAGCGGCGUGGUGGUUGAACAGGGAACCCACAGAGAGAUGAUGGCCAAGAAGGGGGUCUACUACUCCCUUGUUAUGCAGCAGAGUUCAGGUCACAUUGAGGAAGACAGUGAGGGAAGCACGUUCUCGUUUGACGAUGAAGCAUCUGAAGAUGAGCCAGAGCUGGUGAAUAAUGGAGCGUCCCAGGCCAGCAUCUUCCAGAGAAGCAGCAUAAGACGCAGCAGACAAAGCGUGAGGAGAUCAGCCAAAACCAAACUGAGAAGGAGGAAAAGAGGGAAAAAGAAAAAGGAGGAAGAGGAAAGUCUCCCAGAUAUCCCAUUUGGUAAAAUCCUGGAAAUGAACAAGCCGGAGUGGCCCUUCCUGGUGAUAGGGUGUGUCGCGAGUUUGAUUGGAGGAGCGGUUUACCCCUGCGUGGCCAUUGUCUUCUCCAAGAUCAUCGGGGUUUUUGGCGAAUUGGAUCCUGACGUCAGAAGAGGAAAAACAACCUUAUUGUCACUGAUGUUUCUUCUCAUUGGAGCAGUUGCUUUUGUCACUUACUUUUUAGAGGGUUUCAUGUUUGGGAAAUCGGGAGAGAUCCUCACGAUGAGGCUGCGAUCUCAGUCCUUCAAAGCCAUGAUAAGACAGGACAUUGCAUGGUUUGAUGACAACAAGAAUGCUGUGGGCAUUUUAACUACCAAACUUGCAACUGAUGCAUCACUUGUAAAAGGGGCUGCUGGAGCACGACUUGGCUUGGUUACAAGAUUGCUGUGCAGCCUGACAAUUGCCAUAAUAGUUGCUUUUGUUUUCAGCUGGCAGUUGACUCUGCUAAUCCUGGCUUGUGUUCCAUUUCUGGUCGGAGCAAAUAUCAUUCAAAUGAAGUCAACAGCAGGACAUGCCUCCAAAGAUCAGAAAUCUUUGGAAUUAUCUGGAAAGAUAUCCACGGAAACAGUAGAAAACAUCAGAACAGUUGCAGCUUUAACAAGAGAAGACGUUUUCUUUAAAAGGUUUCAAGAGAGUUUACAACCACCAUACAGGGCAGCUCUGUGCAAAGCGCCCAUCUACGGCCUGACCUACGCCCUCGGUCAGGCAGUGCCUUACUUCGUCAAUGCUUCAAUUUUUCGUUUUGGGUCUUGGCUUAUUGCGCACUGUUAUACAGAGUUUGAAAACGUGUUCUUGGUGUUCUCUGUGAUAGUGUUCGCUGCGAUGAGUAUCGGACAGUCCUCUUCGUUUGCCCCAGACUUCGCCAAAGCAAAAGCCUCUGCCCAAAGAAUAACUCAGCUGCUUGAGAGAAAACCAGACAUCGAUAUCUACAACGAAGGAGGGGAAAAACCAAGUUCUUUCGAAGGCAACGUUGAGUUCAGUAGUGUGCACUUUGCCUAUCCCACCAGGCAGGGCGUGCAGGUUCUGCAGGGGCUCAGCGUGAAGGUGGCCAAGGGGCAGACGCUGGCGCUGGUGGGCGGCAGCGGCUGUGGGAAAAGCACGUCAGUGCAGCUGUUGGAGAGGUUCUACAACCCCGCGGCUGGACAAGUGCUUGUCGAUGGCAAAGACACCAAGUCCUUGAACCUGGCCUGGCUCCGGGCCCAGCUGGGUCUGGUCUCCCAGGAACCCAUCCUGUUUGACUGCAGCAUCGCCGAGAACAUUCAGUACGGGGACUGCAGCAGAGAGGUCUCCCAGCAGGAGAUUGAGGAGGCUGCCAAAAGGGCCAACAUCCACAAUUUCAUCCUCAGUUUGCCUCAGCAAUACAACACGAAAGUGGGGGACAAGGGGGCGCAGCUCUCCGGAGGGCAGAAGCAGAGGAUCGCUAUCGCCCGCGCUCUGGUCCGCAAGCCGAAAGUGCUGCUGCUGGACGAGGCCACCUCCGCCCUGGACACGGAGAGCGAGAAGAUCGUGCAGCAGGCGCUGGACGAGGCCAGGCAGGGACGCACCUGCAUCGUGAUCGCCCACAGGCUGUCCACCAUUCAGAACGCCGACAUCAUCGCGGUCAUCAGGGACGGGCAGGUGGUGGAGCAGGGCACGCACAGCGAGCUGAUGGCCAGACAGGGAGCCUAUUCCGCCCUGGUCAACGCCCAGGUUUCUGUCUAACGGGCAGUGUGAAUUCACUGUGGAAGUCAAGGACUGGGUGCACGAGGAUGUCUUCUAUUAAUGGGUCCUGAAAACCCUGAAUCUGCGAAGGCAGCAACAGAAGAACACCUGUUAAUUGCAGGUCUAGUCUUCACUCAGGUUUCUUAUUCGUUUAGGACAUGUUCACUGUGAACCCGGGCAAAUUAGAAUGACUGUAUAUUAAUGGAGCUCACAUGUCUCCUUAUUCUGAGGGCAAGACGUGCUCAGAACCCCUUGAGCUAGAAGCCCCAGUGUGUGCACUUAUGUUUGUUACGUACACUUGCAUUUAACUUCUUCCCACAUCAUCUUUUGGCUCAAAUUAUAACUGCUCUGUAUUUUCAAAGCAGUCACUGAUGGCCUAGCUACGGUGGGUCGCUCGUCUAAUCCAUAUGACGAUUUCCAUAUUCAAAUACAGUACCUGUUCAGUUAGCUGAAGCUGCGUAAGUGUCCUUUUCCUGAGACUGCAACAGGCUUUAAGACACCUACAGUACACCUGGUGUAAGUAAUCCAGCCAAAUGCAGCAAAGAAACUUUUCUCUUAAAAUGCCGAUAAUCAGAGGAACACUGCUGGACUGGAGACCUCAGGGCAGGAUCUGUGCAGCAGUGAUUCAGGUCUGUCAGACACUCAAAACAAAUGUAGCUCCUGAGGCACCAGUGUUGUACCUCUGCUGGAGGGAAAUGGACAGUAUGUAAUAUGCAAUAACGUUCACAGAUGACUUCACUGCUGACCCUGUGGGAGCUGAUACUGAAUAUAUCGUUCUACAGGACUGGCUUUUACUUGCUAAUGAAAUUAAUAAUUAAACUUUUACUACUUACUGUAUAUUUUCUAAAAGCUUAUUUCUUAGCUUUUAUAACACAGCUGUUACAGAUUUUUUAAAAUCUUAUUCAAAUUUUUUUAAAAUUCCUAUCUUUAUACUUGUUACAUUUUUGUGUUCAGCAAUCACUAAAGAUCACCAAAAUGUCCUCUAAUAUAUUGCUAAUUGAUAGUAUCUGAUAUGUAGAUGGUUAUAUAUUAUGCAUAGAAUUUAUUUUUCUAUUCUAUUACAUGUUACAGUUAUAUGAUCAGUAUAAUUUAUUUUUGUGGUGGGGGCUGAUUUGCUGUGUUUUAUAUGUUCUGUCAAUAGUUUGUAUGUUUUGUCUGUGACAUGAGGAAAUUGCACUCGCUGUACUAUAUCUUAAAAUAAUGCAUACAUACUGUACAUAUCUGAAAAGGAGGUUUUUGUGUUGUAUACUGUAUGUUUCUAUCUAAACAGGUGAAGAAAGAUUUCUGUCAGAAAACGAUGUUCCUCAAAGAAGUGCUUUUUUAAUUAUUUAAGCCUUGUGUAUAAUGUACCAUAUAUAUAUAUUUGUGUCCAUUUUUAUGCGAUGCAGUUCGGCCUUCUCUUAAAACUACAUAAACAAGGAUUUUUUUAAUACUGCA